AUGACUUUUGAAACGAAUGGUUUUAACCCUGAAGGCCGAGGAGGUCAUGAGGCAGUAUUAUUAAAAAAUGUAAUAUAUUUUAUGGGCGGAUCACGUGCGAUUCCAAAUGCGAGUCCAUUCAAAAGCUCAAUUCGAGGUUAUAAUUUGUCGAAUGAAAUUUUUUACUUGGAGCUUACAUCGCCAUUCUCUACAGCCAGUCCGCCGUACGUAGACCUUACUGGGACUUCCGCGCGAUUGCAAUUUGGAAAUGAAAAAGGAACGGCACUAGUGGGUGGUCCUUCUAAUGAGGAAAUACAUCUUGUGGGAGGUGUGCAACAAAAUCUCACCCUACUUGAUCAGAUAGAUCGUAAUGCAACAAUAACUUCAAAUCAGACAUUAAUGAUAAAUGAAUUUCUCAAAACUUGGAAUUCAACAAAUCAAUCACUUUUCAUUUAUCGAUCAACUGCACGAAUUUGGAUGAGUCCUGAGUCUGUCGCAAAUGAUAAUGCACCAACAAUUAGACGUAGAUCAACUUCAACGGUUAUAUCGAAAGGAAUUAUAUAUAUGUUUGGUGGGCGAGUUGAAGUAGAUACAGGUUCACCCACAUUUCUUUGCUUUAACGAUCUAUACACUUAUGACACAAUUUUGUCAAGGUGGGGUAAGAUUGAUGCCAGCAAUGUUCCCACACCUCGAAGUCAUAGUGCAGCAGUAUUGCUUCCAAACGGUAAGAUCCUUUAUAUCGGAGGCGGUAGUCAGGAUACUCCUGGAAAAGAUGCAACACCAAUAGAUAUGAAAAUUAUCCCAGUAUUCGAUACAAUUUCUUCAACCUGGUCAACUGAACAUGCAGAGUUUGGUUCAACUUUAAUUCAACCUCGAACUGGCCAUACGGCCACUUUGACGCCAGACAAUAAUACAAUUAUCAUAAUUGGCGGCACUUCAAGUUAUGUAAGAAAUGAAACCGCUGCAAAACCCGAUAUGAUUUUGUUAGAUAUUUCAAACAAACCUUAUACAUUUUCUGAACUAAAUGUCCCGGGCGCUUCGGGUGUCAAGCCACCAUCAUUGGCCUUUCAUACAGUAACUGCCUAUCAAAAUUAUAUGUUCGUGGCAUUUG